AAAUGAGUUCUCUGACUAAAAGGGCCUCGCUAGAAUUUAUUUACUGUGUGGUGUGGAGUCGUUCGCUGCGGUUAUUUAUUUGUUAACGGCUAUAUUAGGGUGACUUCUGAUAUAAAGCCAGUUCAUCACAAUCGAUUACGGAUGCUCGGCUAUGUGCUGUCGUCGGUUUAAAGUGGGGAGGCUUCUCAGCUUAAAGGAGGCAAGUCCAUGGCACAAUGAGUCCUUCAGUUCUGCCCACAGUCUCCUGCUGUUGUCACAGGAAAAUCUGGUUGCAUUCAGCAGCAGUGGGUGAACACUAAUUAUUUUCUGCCUAUGGAGAAUGAAAUGCAAGCAUAAUGAAUAGAUACACCACCAUCAGACAGCUCGGGGAUGGCACCUACGGCUCAGUUAUCCUCGGCCGCAGCCUGGAGUCCGGAGAGCUAGUUGCCAUAAAGAAAAUGAAACGCAAGUUCUACUCUUGGGAAGAAUGCAUGAACCUACGAGAAGUCAAGUCCCUGAAGAAACUCAACCAUGCUAAUGUGAUCAAACUUAAGGAGGUCAUUCGGGAAAAUGAUCACUUGUACUUCAUAUUUGAGUACAUGAAGGAAAAUUUAUAUCAGUUAAUGAAAGAUAGGACCCGUUUGUUUCCUGAGUCUGCUGUUAGAAAUAUAAUGUUUCAGAUACUGCAGGGACUUGCAUUCAUUCAUAAACAUGGGUUUUUUCAUAGAGAUAUGAAGCCAGAGAAUCUUCUGUGCAUGGGUCCAGAACUGGUGAAAAUAGCAGACUUUGGGCUCGCCCGCGAGAUCAGAUCUCGACCACCAUACACAGAUUACGUCUCGACUAGAUGGUACAGAGCUCCAGAGGUUCUCCUCAGAUCCACAUCCUACAGUUCACCUAUAGACCAGUGGGCAAUUGGCUGCAUCAUGGCUGAACUUUAUACCCUCAGACCUCUUUUCCCAGGGUCCAGUGAAAUAGACACCAUAUUCAAGAUUUGCCAAGUUUUGGGUACACCAAAGAAGACUGAUUGGCCUGAGGGUUACCAGUUGGCAAGUGCCAUGAAUUUCCGUUGGCCUCAGUGUGUUCCUAGUAAUCUGAUGACACUGAUACCAAAUGCCAGUCCUGAAGCCAUCCACCUGAUGACAGACCUACUUCAGUGGGAUCCCAAGAAAAGACCAGCUUCUGCACAGGCUCUCAGGUACUCGUACUUCCAUGUGGGCCAGGCUUUAGGCACUCCUCAGCAGAUCCUGGAGCAGGGCAGACCUCAGCCAGGCCUUGUGCAACUGCAGGCACCUUUACAGUCACAACAGACACUGCAGAAGCAGCAGCCUCUGCUGCUGAAGCCCGUUCCCCCCUCCCAGCCACCCCCUCCUAACCAACACUGCCCCCCCUCCAGGCCUCUCCAGCAGAUCCAGCCCUCCCCAGCAGCUGUCCCGGCUUCAGUGUACCAGCGGCAUACAGAGCUGGUUAGGGAACAGCAGCAGCCAAAGCACAUCUUGAAGCAGGAACAGACAGAGGGAACGCCACAGGGCCGCCUUCCUUAUAUCAUUGACAAGAGUCUACAGAGCAAGCAAACACAGCAGGAGUCAGAAAAUGCAAAACUACUGACUUAUCAGUUGAAACCUAAAGGAGGAGGGCGGCGGCGUUGGGGCCACGGAACAGGACACAUCAAAGGUGAAGACUGGGAUGAGGAAGAAACUGAUCUGUCAUCUAUACGUAUUCUUGGGAAAAGCAACUACUCCACAGAAAAAUCAAGGCAGGGGGAGGACACACUGAGCAGGUAUGGAAAUGUUCUGGAUUUCAGUCAACCCAAUGGAAAAGAAGAUACACCUUUAAACCUAAACAAGACUGCAGCCUAUCAAGAGCCAUCACGAACCGCCUCUGCCAAACAACAUUAUCUGAGGCAGUCUAGAUAUUUGCCUGGCGUUAGUACAAAGAAGAACGGUGCCAUGAAUGCAAGUAAAGACUUCACUGAAAGCCUUCUUUGGGGCAGCAGUAGUAUUCCAUAUGGAGGGACUCUGCCAAGUAGAGGCGCUCAUGGUACAAAUACAAUCCCAGGUGGGUACAUGCCAUCAUUUUACAAGAAAGAUAAUGGCUCUGCUGGUCACAGAGGACGUCAGAGUGUUUCAGUAGAAACGACAGCAUCAAAUUAUGCAACAUGGCGGUCUGGUCGGAGUCAGAUCAACACCUCUGCCAACAUGCCGGUGUCCAACAAGAGCACUCCUGUUCUGCUGCCUCGCCCGCCACUACAAACCGUUCACGGGAGAACAGACUGGUCUGCCAAAUACGGACACCGUUAGGGCUUCUCUGGAGCUCUGAUUUGUUGCCUAAGAACUCUUUCUCCUCCAAAGAGCAGGCCUACAGUAGUUGUUUUUUAACCUAAAUAUGUACAUGAAUCUUACAUAGCAAUAAGUUUUGUUUCAACAUGUAUUCUAUGAAUGCUGUGAGUUAUGUAUUUAAAUGUAUGGGUAAAUGCAGCCACAAUUUGCUCCUAAGUGUUUGACUGUAUCUUUCUGUAAUAUAACUGAUUUUGUGGAAAGGUUACACCCUCAAUUUUGUAUUAUUGAGUGUUCAUCUAAACAACAAUAUGCAUAUUAUAAUUUUUUUUAAACCUUCACAGUGAAUUAUUUUUGCCUAAUUAAUUGUGUUGCCUAUACAGUACUUUUUUCCCCUUUUACAUUCUUCCCUUUUUAUUUAAUGACAGCUUCUGUGCCAACCAGAUAUUAUUUGUGUAUAUACAUUUUCAGUGAAAUUAAAGCAAUGCUUUGAUUUCAGCAAGGUGUGCAUAAUGCAUUUGGUUGCACCACUGUGUCGAUACUAUUCAGUUUCAGCAAAAAAAACAA